UGACGAAAGGGUUAAGAUACUACUUCAUAUUUUCACUGACAUUAAAAGCAGGCAAUUUAAAAAUUUAACUAGAAGAAAAGCGAAGCAAAAUAAAACGGAAGUUAAGAACCAUUAAAAAAGAAACGUGCUAAUCAGCUCUCUGUAACGCUGGAGUAAAUACGAAACUAGCCUACCACAGCGCAGGAAAAUUUCUGGAAGUUUGCGUGUUCUGUAUAAAAGAUAUACAGCAAACUCUGAAUUUGGGACUUCAACAAAAGUUUGAUUUUUUCUAAAAUAGAAAAGUUGAAAUUCAGAACAAAAAUUUCACAUAUAACAACAAUAAUUAGAACAAAUAUAAGAAAAUGUCUGUGAUUGGUAUCGAUUUUGGUAAUGAGUCGUGUUUUGUAGCUGCCGCAAAAGCUGGCGGCAUAGAAACUUUGGCUAACGAUUACAGUUUAAGAGCAACACCAUCAUGUGUAGCAUUUGAUGGGAAAAAGCGUAUUAUUGGUGUCGCUGCGAAAAAUCAACAGGUUACAAACAUGAAGAAUACAGUUAGUGGUUUUAAACGUCUUUUGGGCCGUAAAUUUAAUGAUCCACAUGUGCAGCAUGAGCUGAAUAACAUUCCAACAAAAGUCGAACAAAUGUCGGAUGGUGGUAUAGGUUUCUGCGUUAAUUAUUUAGAUCAACAACAGCUGUUCACACCAGAGCAAUUGACAGCCAUGUUAUUCACAAAAUUAAAAGAAACGUCCACUCAUGCUUUGCAAGCACAGGUUAAUGAUUGUGUCAUUGCCUGUCCUGUAUAUUUUACAAAUGCCGAGCGUAAGGCUUUGCUGGAUGCUGCCCAAAUUGCUGGUCUCAAUGUCUUACGUUUGAUGAACGAGACUACUGCCACAGCCUUGUCAUACGGUUUCUAUAAGCAAGACUUGCCCGAUGACAAACCGCGUAAUGUAAUCUUUGUAGAUUGCGGCAAUUCAUCACUGCAGGUUAGUGCUUGCGCCUUUACAAAGGGCAAACUUAAGAUGUUGGCUAGUAGCUGGGACCAAAUUGGCGGCCGAGAUUUUGAUGCUGCUAUGGCUGAAUACUUUGCUAAGGAGUUCAUGGACCGUUACAAGAUCAACGCCAAAAGUAAUCCUCGCUCAUGGUUACGUUUACUAACUGAAAUCGAGAAGUUGAAAAAACAAAUGUCGGCCAAUAGCACCAAAUUGCCUCUAGCUAUCGAAUGUUUCAUGGAUGAUAUUGACGUUUCGUCGAGCAUGCAACGUUUGCAAAUGGAAGAAUUGUGCGGUCCAUUGUUAAAACGUGUUGAAGCAACAUUCAAGAAGCUAUUGGUUGAAUCAAAAUUGCCUUUGGAAGAAAUUCACUCAGUGGAAAUAGUCGGCGGCAGUACACGUAUCCCUUCAAUUAAGUUAAUAAUUGAGCAAGUUUUUGGUAAGCCGGCUCGUACCACUUUGAAUCAGGAUGAGGCUGUCUCGCGUGGUGCAGCUUUACAAUGCGCCAUUAUGUCGCCCGCUGUGCGUGUACGAGAGUUUGGUGUUACUGACAUCCAAAAUUAUUCUGUUAAAGUUACCUGGGACGGUGAAGAUUCUAUGGGUGGCGGUGGUAUUGAAGUAUUCCCCACCUUCCAUGCUGCCCCUUUCAGUCGUUUAUUGACUUUAAAUCGUAAGGAACCCUUUACUAUGACUGUACAGUAUGCUCAGCCUGUGCCCUAUCCGGACUUGAUUAUUGGCCGAUGGACUAUUAAAGAUAUUAAACCCAAUGAACGUGGAGAACCCAGUGAAGUUAAAGUGAAGGUGAGAAUUAAUCAUCAUGGCAUCGUAUUGAUUUCAAGUGCUUCUCUGGUGGAUAAAAAAGAAGUGGACGAGUCAUCCUCAAACAGCCAACUUAAUGAACCCCAAGCAAAUAGUGCAGAACAACUAAAUAGCGGACAAGAUCAAUCGCAAAAUCAAAUCAAUAACGCUGGCGAACCUAUGGAUGUUUCGCAAGAGGCUUGUAAAGAUUAUGAGGAGGAAUAUAAUACGACCGCCUCAUCACCUCAAGGAGGACAAGGGUUCGCUCAACGGGUCAAGGGCUGGUUUAGUUCGGGCACCUCUGAAAAGAAGAAGAAACUUUCAAAAUUGAUUGAUUUGCCAAUGGAUUACCAAACUCACGGCUAUUUACCCAACGAAUUAAACAAUUUAACACAAUUGGAGGCUAAAAUGGUGGCCAACGAUGCCAAGGAAACUAAACGAGUUGACGCUAAAAAUGCUUUGGAAGAGUUUGUCUAUGAUAUGCGUAACAAAUUACAGGGAGAUGGUCCUUUGGAACGCUACGUCGUCAGUAGCGCACGUGAUAGUAUUUGUAAUCAACUUAACGAUCUCGAAGAUUGGUUGUACGAAGAUGGAGAAGACUGUGACCACGAUACUUAUGUGGAUAAACUCAAGAGCUUACAAAAUCAAACCAAUCCAAUAAAGGAGCGAGCAAAUGAUUAUGAAUUUUGUCCAGCAGCCUUCGACGAAUUAAAGCAGGCCCUCGCAUUUGCUCGAACUGCGCAUAGUGAGUUUAAGAAGGGAGUACCGAAGUACGAUCAUUUGACCGAAACUGAAUUCAUGAACAUCUCUGAAACUACCGAGAAGGUUCAGAAGUGGUUGGAUAUCAAUUUGGCGAAAUUUUCUCAAGCUGCACGAACCACCGAUAGUCCAGUGAAAAUAAAUGAAAUACGUCACGAAAUACAAACGCUAACGACCUGCGUAAAUUCGGUGAUUAAUCGCCCUAAGCCUAAACCAGCUUCCAAGCCAACACCAGCUAAAGAUAUGACUGGAACUGAUCAACAACAGCAGCAACAUAAUGGCGAAAAUGUUGAUAAGAAAACUGAAUCAGCGCAUACCAAUAGCGUUCCCGAGGAUUCAACGAUGGAUGUCGACUAGGUAAAGAAGCAACAGCGGCAGCAGAAGAGAUGUUAUGCACAGCCUAAGCAUUUUAUUGACUCUCCUUUUCACUUUUAAGUUGCAUUCAUCGCUAAUAUUUGAUUAGUAAAUUAAACGCUUAAAAUAAAAAGCGUGGCACCGAAACAAAAAAAAAAAA